AUUGCCUAGAGGUUGAUUUAUAGAGCAAUUAUGGUUCGACUGACAUUGGAUUUAAUUGCCAAAAGCAGCAAUCUUAAACCACGAAAAGAAGAAACUAUUGCACAAUGUCUGAAGAAAAUAACUCAUAUAAAUUUUUCAGAAAGAAAUAUAGAUGCAAUUGAUGACCUCUCCCUUUGCAAAAACCUUAGUGUUUUAUAUUUAUAUGACAACCAUAUUAGUCAAGUGGGUAACCUGAAUUAUUCCACAAAUCUGACCCACUUGUACCUACAAAACAAUUGUAUUUCAUGCAUAGAGAACCUCAGGUCAUUAAAGAAACUGGAAAAAUUGUAUCUGGGAGGCAAUUACAUUGCUGUUAUAGAAGGUUUGGAAGGAUUAAAAGAACUAAGAGAGCUUCACGUUGAGAGUCAGAGGCUUCCCCUUGGAGAAAAGCUUCUGUUUGACCCAAGAACUCUUCGUUCCUUGGCAAAAUCUCUCUCUAUAUUGAAUAUCAGCAACAAUAAUAUUGAUGACAUAAAAGACUUAGAAAUACUGGAGAAUCUUAAUCACCUCAUAGCAGUGGACAACCAACUCCUCCAUGUGAAGGAUUUGGAGUUUUUACUGAACAAGUUGAUGAAGCUAUGGAAAAUGGAUCUAAAUGGAAAUCCUGUUUGCCUCAAACCAAAAUACAGGGACAGACUGAUACUGGUGUCCAAAUCACUAGAAUUUCUUGAUGGAAAAGAAAUUAAAAACAUGGAAAGACAAUUCCUAAUUAAUUGGAAAGCAUCCAAAGAUGCUAAGAAAACCAGCAAGAAGAAGGACAGUAAAAGCAAGGAUGCAAGCAACCCUUACAUAAGUAACUUUGAAACAAUGCAUCAUAUAGUUCCUGUUUAUUACCCACAGUUGGGUAAGCCAAAAUUAGUCCUUUUCUCUGACAUACAGAGACACCUUGUAAAUGCAUCUCCUGGAAGUUCUGAAGAUGAUAAAAUUAUUGAAGAGAUGGGUAGUCUCUCUUUGAGAGAAUCUGAAAACUUGGUGACAAAAAAUGAUGUGCAUGAACCUCACCUUCUCAAAAGCCCACAAGUAAAAGAAAAUUUGUUUGUGGAAAAAGAGUAA